AUGCGCCCGUCCAGCACCUACUCUACCGAGAUUCGGUCCGGUGAAGUGCGCCUCGGCCUUGGCACCUUCGACACCGCCCACGAGGCGAUGCGGCAGCGGGCGCAGGAGUUGGCGCCUCCCCCACGGCUUAUCACCGACGAGGAUUGUCACAAGAACUGGAGGCGGGAGCGCCGUCUCAGCCUGACCGAGAUGAACGAGCAAGCCAUGGCGCUGUGGUGCCAACGCUUCCCGCAAGACGUCAUCAACGAGCAACAGUUAUUCGUCGAGAGGAGGGCGAAAAGGGAGGAGAGGAGGGUGGAGUGA